ACAAUAGUACAAUACAAGGGUAUUCAUUCAUUCACCUUCUCUCUCACUAGCACAUACAAAAUCAAAAUAAUUACAUUUAAUAAAUUAAUUACUUCAAAUCGUUUUUAUUCCCAUCUCAGAUCUACCCGCAAAAUCUUCACCGGAUUUGAAUUUAAGGAUGUGGGGAACCAUUGCGAAUUUGAAGGAAAACCUAAACAAGAUUGCACUUGAUGUGCAUGAAGAUGACGACGACGACGACGAAGAGCUCACAAUCAACGGUUCAGGCAAUGGAGACGCCACACCGGUCUCUGAUCGGAGAAAUUCUCACAGGUUUGCCCACUUUAAGUCAGUUUCUCGGUCUCCGCUCUCUAAUGGGAUAGACUCCCCACGAAAUCCGGAGAUUGAACAAUACAAGGCGGAAAUUAAGAGGCUUCAAGGAUCUGAGGCAGAAAUUAAAGCAUUAUCAGUUAAUUAUGCGGCCUUAUUAAAAGAAAAAGAGGAUCAAAUUUCCAGAUUGAACCGAGAAAAUGGCUCACUGAAGCAAAAUCUGGAUACAACAAAUGCUGCUUUGAGUGCAUCUAAAAAUGAAAACUCCAAAGCGUCAACUAACAGCAUUAAUGUUCUCAAGGGAAGUGGUGAUUUAUCACCAAGCCGACAGAGUAAACUUACUGCUCAAGUAAAGAACCGGCAUGCUGGAAACCAAAUGCAGAAUGGUGUGUUUUCUAAACAGGACAGAAUAGGCAAUGGAGUUUCAGAUGCCAUUCAACCUGAAACCAUUCAAAGUAAGAUGGAGAAUAAACAUUUCACUUCACAUGGGAAAGAAAAGGAGCUUGCAGAUUUGCUAGAAGAGAAAAAUAGAUCGCUGGCAGCGGUGCAAGCCACUCAUGAGUUACAAACGAAACAACUUAGGUUAGAACUGGAAAAAGAACGUGAGAAAUUGUCAAAUCUGCAGCUAAAAUUACAAGAGGAACAGAAGCUGAAUGAGUCUUUCCAGGAGGAGCUCAAUUCACUGAAAAUGGAUAAGGAAAAAAAAAUUCUAAGUGCCUGA